AUGAGCAACUCGAGGCCGAGGAGGCAGGAGAUUCCUGUGGAGAGCUCCUGGCGCAUGGUUGAGGGAGAACAUGACAGCUUCGAUGCAUCUCUUGUUGCCGAUGACUUCCUUGACGACGGGACUCCCUUAUCGACCGGACCAUCCCAAUUAUCAAAUUUGUCGCAAUUAUCGCAGCUCUCAUCUCACUCACGAGGAAGCUGGAAUAUAGGAGGUUCCCAAGACGAUAGCACCAUCCAGGACUUUAUCAGCAAAGCCGACGAUGAACGCGUCAUUAUGAGGUCUCCGUUCCAGCCGUCAGUACCCGUCGUGGCUCGAAGAUCCGCAAGGAACCAGAAUCAGAGCCACGCUCCAGAUCCCGAAUUCUAUAUGCCUAGAGUCGACGUCGACAGUCCGCGCCGUGGAUCGUCUUCUGGCUCGGCCCGGACUGUCAGGCCAGGUGACGGACAGUUUCUACGACAGCGCCCCAUGGCAAAGGCUCGUGGAAGCCCUACGAAAAGACGACAGCAGACUCUGCCUCAGGAGCAGCCCCAAAGUAUCGGCCAACGCAUAUCCUCAGAUCUUCCCCACGCACUUUACGACAUCAUCGCCUGGGCUUGUGGUGUGGUCGGUAUGGCCUUCCGAUAUGCGCAGAAACCACUCGCUGCCGCUCUCGCUAUCUACUUUACCUUCGGAGGGCUCAUAAUCGCUCAGAAUAUGGUUACCCAAUCAAUUUAUACCUCGCUUUCGCCGAUAUGUCGCAUCCCUGGGGUUUCUUACCUUGACCUGCCCUUUUGUACGCAUGGGCCCAAUAUACCACACUCAGGGGCCAACCAGCCCGUGGAGUUCGACGGUUUGAUGGACGUCCAGGAACGAUUCGAGGAGGUUCUCGAGAAGAGCGCAAACGGCGUCUCUUUGCCAAUGGAAAUGAAGCGUUCUGAGGCUUCGAUCCGAGACCUGCGCACCUUGGUCCGCUACAGCUCGCUUCAGGGCAAAGAUGAGCUGGUCCUUGAGUUCGACGGUUUCAUCGACACGGCUCGGUCGGCGUCAAACGAGCUGCAGAAAUUCAACUCCCAUGUGGGCUCCGCAGUAGACUCGGUGAUAAGUAUCAACCGGUGGACGAGUCGCUACCUCGAUGGCUUGGUAGCCGAGCAGGAAAGCCAGGGCCUGUUGAGCGACUUCACAACCUGGAUAUUCUCGCCCUUUCAACCGGCGACUUUCUCCGAGCGGAAUCUGCUUGACAAAUACGUUGAGCAUACGGCCUUGGUCGGCGACAAAAUCGCUGAUCUGAUUAUCGAGGCACAGGCGGUUUUGAAGACCCUGAGCCAGGCGGAGAGUUACCUGGGGAUCAUAUACGACUUUGUCACGCGCACGCAAGAAUCGGUCCAGUCCCGCAAAGACGACGUCCUCUGGACCAUCUGGACACUGGUCGGAGCCAACUACCGCCGGCUCUCGAAACUCAACUCUCAGCUCUCCCUCCUGCGCCGUGUCGACUCGCAGAGGAUCGACGCGGUCAAGCAAGUGUCAGAGUUGAUCGUGGAGCUGGAGAAGAUCCAGGCCGGGCUGGACGACCUGCGCGAUAGGGUCGCGGAGCCUGAAGUGGCGGCCUCUUCUCCAAAGGGGCCGAUGCCGCUCAGUGUGCACAUCGAGACCAUCGAUCGCGGCGUCGAGAGGUUGGAGCACGCGAGGAGCCGGAUCAGGGCGAUUGAGAAUGACCGGAUUCACGAGGUGCUGGCCAGGGGAAAGGUCGAGGAGCGGCUGAUAGAAUCCACGUGA